GAGAGAGAGAGAGAGAGAGGACUACAGCUUCUAACUCCUGCAGGCUUCUGGUGUCUGCUGUAACAAUGUUUAGAAAGUGAUCAUCCAUUAUUUGUUUAAAUGACAAUGUGAAAUACUCUGGAAUGGGAGAUUGUGGCAAUAUGCUGUAUUGAGAGAGAGAUAUGAUGGGAAAACAAGGGUCACCGAGAAGUACGCAUCCGAAGUCUCUUAAUCCUGUUUCAUCAUUUGGAAUGAAAGAUUAUCACAAAAGAGGCUUGGAGGCUCUACUGGGCAAUGAUCCUUAUCUUGGGAGGAGAAUGUCAUCAGGAGGGGAUUACCAUUGCAGCAAAGCUGUUUGGCUUCAUGGGGUGAGGAAUGAUGCCACAAAAUUUGGCUCUUGUAAGAGUGUCUAUGCAGGGAAAAAGCAAGUGUGGUUUCGUAAGAAUGUGAGAUCAAUUGCAUUUGCUGUUGGGCUGAUGGGUUUCCUUUUUGUGCUUGAUUCACUUAUGGUAUCUUUUUUUGAUUGGUCCAAUCUUCAUUCUAGUCCAACCCGCAAACUAUCAAGCAGGCUGAAGUACCUUGAUUCUUCUGCAUUGGAUUCACAUAGAUGGAAUUUCCACUUCUUGGAUCAACCUUAUGAGGAUAAGGGUGCUUACCGCAGUGAAUCAAAGCUACCAGUACAAAUGUAUGAACGACUUCUAGCUUUGGCUUCUGGAACUCAGGCAGAGAAAGAGUUUAAGCAAGAUUCAUCAAAUUUUUGGGAGGAACCAUAUCGGCAGGCAGCCUCAUGGAAACCUUGUGCAGACAGAAUGGAUCCAACAAAGAUAGGGAAAUCUGACAGAAGUAAUGGCUUUAUAUUGGUCAGUGCAAAUGGUGGCCUCAAUCAACAACGAGUUGCCAUUUGCAAUGCUGUUGCUGUAGCAUCUCUACUUAAUGCUACUCUUGUUCUUCCUACAUUUUUAUACAGCAAUGUAUGGAAGGAUCCAAGCCAAUUUGGUGAUAUUUAUCAAGAGGAACAUUUUAUGAAUAUCUUGAAGGAUGAUGUAAAUAUUGUAAGGGAGCUCCCUUCCCGUUUGAAAUCAGUGGACUUGGAAGCAAUUGGCAGUCUAAUUACUGAUGCAGAUAUUGUGAAGGAGGCAAGGCCCAUAGAGUAUGUUGAAAGCAUACUACCUAUCCUAUUACGGAAUGGAGUUGUUCACUUCUUAGGAUUUGGAAAUCGGCUGGGUUUUGAUCCAGUACCUUUUGGGCUUCAGAGGUUAAGAUGUAAAUGCAAUUUCCAUGCUUUGAAGUUCGUGCCAAAAAUUCAAAAAGUUGGUUCAUUAUUAGUUAGAAGGAUAAGACAAUAUGAAGGAGCUCGGACUAUGCUAGAUAAGCAACUGCUAGGGAACUUUAUGUCUGACAUUCCCUUCAAAGGGCAUGAUACUGCAAGAAACCCAUCGAAAUAUCUUGCAUUGCACUUGAGAUUUGAGGUGGAUAUGGUAGCCUACUCGCUAUGUGAUUUUGGAGGUGGAGAAAAUGAGAAAAAGGAACUUCAAGCCUAUAGAGAAGAUCAUUUUCCACUGCUCAUUGAGCGCUUGAAGAACUCAAAACCCGUUUCUUCAAGGGAGUUGAGACAAUUGGGAAGAUGUCCAUUAACACCAGAAGAAGCAGCACUUGUUCUGUCUGGUCUUGGUUUUAAGCACGGAACUUACGUCUACCUAGCUGGGUCUCAUAUAUAUGGGGGGGAAUCUAGGAUGCGCCCCUUCACUAGCCUGUACCCCAAUUUGGUCUCAAAGGAAGAUCUUCUCACUCCCAGUGAACUUGCACCUUUCAGGAAUUUCUCUUCUCAGCUGGCAGCACUGGACUUUAUUGCCUGUGCCACUGCUGAUGUCUUUGCCAUGACUGAUUCUGGGAGCCAACUAUCUUCCCUGGUGUCUGGCUUCCGUACGUACCAUGGUGGUGGCCAUGCUCCUACCUUGCGCCCAAACAAGAAGAGGCUGGCAGCAAUCUUUUCUGAGAAUAGCACAAUAGGUUGGGAAAACUUUGAAGGAAGAGUCAAAAAGAUGAUUGAGGAGGGCCAAAGGGUGCACACAAGGAGAUUUGGUCGAAGCAUUUAUCGGCAACCAAGGUGCUUGGAAUGCAUGUGCAAAUCUCAUUAGUAUGUUCUCGCAAUGACGGACCAUUUCAAAGCUCUAACGUAUUUUUUUCUGUUCAGCCAUUUCCAUGCCAUAACUUGGCGCUACAAUUAAACCUCCAACAGAAAACAGAUACUAACAACAGGAACAAAUGGGUUGGCAGUUGGCUAGUGGCCGACAUUUAACAUUUAAUUUUUUGAUUUAUUUAAGCCUCGGCAUAUCACAUACGGUAACAUUUUGGCUGUGGAGUUGUAAAUAUCUCCUUUUUCCCCCGCCCCGGGGGGAGGGGGGGGGGUGGGGGGUUGUGGGGUGUGGUGUUUGCUGUGAAUUGUUUCAUUUUUUCCUCCCUUCUUCCAUUAUGUACUGGGAAUAAUGUAUAUUUGAUGAAUCACUGUAUUUACUCCAUAUUUGGAAAUAGGUCUGUUUCUGAUGAGACCAUAGC